UGUUUAUCGUCUGCUUCUGCCAUGGAAUUUUGUUGAGUGUCUGCUGGGUGUCAUAGAUUUUAAGAUUUAUAUGAAUUUAUAAUAUCAACGUUUAUACAAAGACCAUUUGACAGUCAAGUGAAGUAUUUCAUUGAACAUGUUUAUAUUUGGUCAAUGAAUUGUACAGUAAACUUCUCGUAGUGGAUGAUAAUAAUUUAGUAACUGUGAUUGCUCCUGCCAUUUUUAUUGACAUGGAUGAGGGCAGAAUGAGUGUGGAUUCAGAUGAAGGUGAAAUGAUAAUUAAUGAAAUUGAUGGGUUACCAAAUUUACAUCCCAAUUAUAAUGAUUUGGAGUUAAAUCAGCAAACAUCACGCCAUGAAACGAGAACAAUAGAUGAUCUGAUACAUGAUGAAGAUCUACCAACAUCUAUCAUAGUAACGAAUCUAGACAAUGCUGUAUUUAAAAAUGAUGAACUGAAGAAAGAAAUAGAAUUGCUGUUCAAACAAUUUGGGGAGGUAGCUUCGUUCCAAUACUUUCGCAGUUUUAGGCGAAUGAGAGUAAACUACGAUUGCCCCACAGCUGCAGCUAAGGCAAGGAUUCAGUUGCAUCAGACUCAGUUUCUCAACACUAUAAUCAAUUGUUAUUUUGCUCAGCCUGUGACACCAAUAGAUGCAGCAGACCAGCACCUGCAGCCCCCUGCUCUCACAAAGCAGUUUCUCAUCUCUCCCCCAGCAUCUCCUCCCAUCGGCUGGGAGCCACGGGAUGAAGGGGAACCUCUCGUCAACUACGAUCUCUUGGCAGCUAUAGCCAAUCUUACACCUGGUGAAACCCAUGAGUUGCAUGCUGCAUCUGGCAGUCAGCCUGGCAUCGUGGUACAUGUAUGCGAAGAAGGAGUAGCCAAGGGUACCAAGGGUGCUCGAAUAUCCCACACGCGUUGCCCUGACCACAACUAGUCUCCAUUACUUUAGUACUAUUCGGCAUAUCAUGUUAUUUGUGAUCUUAAUACUUACCUUUGGUUCAUAUCGAUUUGUUGGUAUUGUUAAAACUUUAUUAUGGGAAGAACAUUGGAUUUAUUCUUUUGCAAUAUUUUUUUAGUAGAGCUAAGAGAAAAUUACUGUGGGAGAAAUAUCUGUUAUCCCCUAUAAAUGAUGUCUAAGUAUAGUUUUGUUUCAAACGAGCAGACACAAAUGAACAUGUCUGCAUAGAGUUAAUUAGAGUUGUCUUCGAUGAACUGAAUCUGGCUUUUAGUCCAAAUGCUCUACAUAAUGUUACAUUCAUAUGCUCCAAUAGUGCAUAAUUAAUUACUACUUGCCGUAUUAACAAGAAAUGAAGUAGAAUAUUUUUUAACGUUAGCUGAAAUUUACAGAAUUAUGUAUAUUAGAUUUAAUGUAGGUUGUAGUUUUUAUUGUAAAUAAACUAAUAUGUAUAUAUAUCUUAUCUAUAUGUAUGUUCACAAAGUUAUUUUUUUUAUUCUUUUUUUCAACCUGCAGAAAUCAAAAGAUAUCCUUCUUCUUUAGAUGGCUGUGCUUAGCUCAAUAAAUAUAAUCAACAAUGCAAAAGACAAAAUUGUACCAAAAUUUUAGAAAGUGAGUCAUUAACAGUUUAUUCUAUCUUAAAAGAGAUAUAAGUUGUUUUAUAAAUGUUUUUUUAUUUAAAAAAUUAUAACUCGUAUUAUUUAAGAGUAGAGAUUAAAUAGUAUUUUAAAAACUAUUGUAAUUAAUAAUUUAAGUUACAUUAAAAUUUGAUCUGUUACCAUUGAAAUAAAAUCUAAAUACCAAUGACCUUAAUAUGUUAAUCAUGUACAGUUUAAUUUGAAUCUCAUUAUUUUGUUUUAACAAUAUCGUGGUGAUUACCUUAAAGGAGUUCUUUUCCAAAUGAUUUAAAACUAAUUACGAAUUAUGGAUCUAGAAAGUUUUCAUUGAAGUGCAUCAACAAUACUUAGUUCCCAUGGGUGCUACUAGAGAUGGAGAAGUCUAGUAUGUCUGCGUUAAUUGAGGUACUCCAGUUGAAUCUCGUUCAAAGUAAAAAAAUGACAAGACAAAAACUUAAGUAAUUCGUAGCCCAUAGGUUCCUCAAUUUCGUGGUCAUUGGCUAUUAAUACCUAACUAUUUUUUAAGUUCAUAUUUUUUCCAAUAAACAUGCAAAAUCAAUUUAAUGUAUAAAAAUAUCAUGUGGUAUUAUAUUGGGUAAAUUAUUUAAUUUGGUUGCAUUAUACUGACCAUUCUUAUAAUCGUAACAUAUGUAGCCCUUUGAAACACUGUUUUUGCAACUUUUCAUUGAGUCCUUUACAGGAUUAAAGUAAAGUCAUCUUACACCUAAGUAAUUUAUGGCCAUUUAAAUGAAGAAGAGCAAAACUUUAUAAAUACAAUUUGCUAUAGCCAUUAAAAGUAAACCCAAUAGUUGUUUCCAGAAAGAGUAUUUGCUUAUUUACAGUAAGUAAUCAAAAGUACUUAUAAUUUAUAUAACCAUUAUUAAUUAUAGAAACAAAUACCUUUUCAAUGUUUUAAGGUGUUAUAUUUUGCCAUUGAAUACUCCUUUAAACUUUAUAUCAAUUUUUAAAGAUUAAUAGUAAUAUUAUUUGUGUGUUUUCAAACUUUGCAAUGUGUAAUGUAUCAGUGAAGAAAAUAUCAUACUCAACCACAAGAUUAAUGCUGGAAUGUUGGAAGUGUUAAUUGUUCAGAGAUUCAAGCCCUUUUUCAAUUAAAAACUCUAAAAUGGGUGAAAUUAAAAAUUACAAAUUUUUAUAAAUAAACGAAAAAUCUGAAUUUUAAGCAGUUUAAACAUAAAUGUAGACCCUGAAAACGUUUUUCAAUAAAAUCUCCAAUGCACAAGCUGGGGCAAUAUUAAAUGACUUUAAAAUAUUUUCAUUCUGUUCUUAAAAGCAUUAGUUUUAUAAAAUUCUCAUUCUUAUUUUUUUAAUUUCCAUUCUGUGUAGUCCAAAAAUGUUAAUUCAAAUUCGUAUAAUGCAGUGAAUCAAAACAAUAUAUUUCGAGCGUUAGUUCUUGCCAUUGCAAUCGUAUAAAACUAAUUAUAUCUGAUUUUUUGUGUUUCUUAAAAACUUUCAUUUUGUGAUAUCCUUAUAUUGCAUUCAAUAGAAACUGUGCUGGAUCAUCAGCAUAUAGCCAGUUUCUUUAAACUUGUAGUAUUGUUCUAAAUCAUUGGGCAAGUUUAUAGUUACUUUUAAAACAACGUGAAAGUUUUAUUGACCCAUUGCGGAUCACUGACUAAACAUCUUUGAAAGCAGUAGUUUUGCCUAGCGGCAUGGUGAAGAUCUCAGGUCGUAAAAACGAUAUGCUUGUGAUUGUAACUCUGAAUAGUUCUAAUAAUGUCUUGUAGACAGUGUUGGGAUUAUUUAUUAAUCUAAUGAAUGUUCUAAUGAUGGUCUCUCAAUAAACACAUUUAUAAAUAUUCUACAGAUCACAGUUGUAUGUAGAAGGUGAAAAAUCAAUAAUAAUACUGUAAAUAAUAAUAAUAAUAAUAUAAAUACCGGACGGUUUGAUACAGCAUGACAUUACUGUUCUGCUGCCAACGUUGACAUACAAAUUAAUUCGCACUUGUUGGGAUACGUACGGCUAAAAAAAGCGACCCGCAAUGGAUUAAUAUUAUAUUGAUUAGUAGAUUUUUUAGUUCUAAAAUAAACAGGAGUUUGCACCUAAUAUUUUCUUAUUUUACAUCAAAUGUAAUAAAAAUGCAUUUCAGAAUUUUCAUUGGUUGCCAAAAAACAUGACAUAACCAAGAAAAGAAAUCAAUGUAAAUAGUUAUUUUUUUUAAAUAGAGAAACCUAUUUUAUAUUAAUAUGGAAUUUAUUUGAUUUACAAAUACCAAUAUUAAAUUAAAUCAAAUGCAUUUUAUAAAUGUGUAAGACACUGAUUUUGGUACAAAAGAUCUUUGUUCAAAUGUACUUAACAUAAAAAACAAUCCUCAUUACAAUAAAAAAAAUUAUAAUACAUAUUGUAACUUAAAAAAAGAACCAAGUCAUAGUUUACAAAAAUCUAUAUAGGCCAAAAUUAUGUUCACACACAUAUUCUUGGGAUUGAUUGGUUGACAUUGUUGUCAGCUUGUCAGAAUAGUGUUGCAUGACUUUAUACACAUGAAAUACAUCAUAAUUUGGGCAUUGUCUGAAAGGGUAGUAUUAUGAAACUUUGGAACGGAAUUUCAAUGAAUAUUAUAAGUUGAUAAUAAAAUAAAAUGGACUAGGUGCAAUAGGAUUUCUCUACUGAAGCUAAGGACCAUACCAAAAUUAAUUAUUUUCUUUAUUAAUUAUUUUUAGUUUUAAAACUAUUUAACUUAUUCUAAUGAUAUGUGUUUCACAAAAAUCAUUGUUGAAUAACAUGAACAAUUUUCGGUAUCAAAUCUAAAACAUGUUGUGGAUGUGCCUCAGAAAGCUUCAUAGUUGUUGAUUGCUCACUUUAUUGUAUGUAAUUUUAGUUUUUUUACCAAGUAUUUGUUCCUAUUAAGUUUUAUUUAGCAUUUGAAGAGAUUUUAGUAGAAACGUCUGGAAUCUUAAUUGUUUAUGGUAAGAAUUCCUUGACACUUUAAAGUGUUUAGGUAUUAGUUUUUGAAUUGUGUGUAUAUAAUAUUAUGUCAGUAAUGAAAUAAUUAUUUUCAUAUGUGUGUUAUAAUAUAAAGUACUGUGGUUUUCUGACUGUAAUUUAUUGAAUUUCAGCACAAUGGAUGUACAAAGCUAGAUAGAGUGUUAUAAGCCAUUGAAAUUCACUAUAAAGAAGAAAUUUUGUUGUAAUAAUAUAGUAGGCACCCUUCCUCAUACUCAGUUGUGAAAUAGUUGGGCCUCCCUCAUUGACAUAAGUUACACACAUAAAUUUAUUUAAUUUAUUGAAGUUUUAAUACCUUUUUUUACUCUAGCCCAAAAAGUAACAUUAAAGGAAAGAAUAUGCUACUUUUUUUUUUAAGAAAAUAUGUUCUACUUUUAAACUUACUUUUCCAAAAGACUAUAAACCUGUAUGGAAACAUUUAUAAACAUCUUGUAGCUGAGAAUCAGUGAAACCCGAAGUGUAGGCUACUGGUCCAGACAGGAUUAUGAACCUGUCCCAUCUUUAACCAGACUUAAAGCCUGGUUCCACAGCCUCAGACUGGUACCACAGUUUUUCAGUGAAUGAGUCUAGGGUGACUGCUGUAUUUCAGUAACAACUUUAUUAAAUGCUGGUAAUUGGAAUGGCAGGAACAUUCUCUGAUACAUCAGUGUCUUUAAAAUCAAAAUGAGUUUAUUUUGUAUUAAAGUAUGUUGAAGUGUA